AUGACACCUAUAGGCCUUGUACGUAGGAUAUCAGAAAACUACCGAGCUAGCUACGGGGGCGAGGUCGAGGUCGGGGCCGAUACGAGGGCCUUCCGGAGGAUCGUUACAGUAACUGCGGGGGACUGGGAUCCGAGCGACCCGAUAUGGAACGAUUCGUAG